AUGGAGGCGCUGCGGCGGCCGGCGCUGCCCGAGGUCGCGGUGCGCUCCCGCCUGUUCGCGGCGGCGGCGGCGGCGGGCCCGGGCGGCGAGGCGCUGCUGCGGCGCUGCGCUGAGCUGACCCUGGUGCGCUUGGCCCCGCUCCUGGCCGCCUGCGUGUGGCAGCGGCAGCCGUUCCGCCUGCGCUACGUGCCGGGCCGCGGCGAGAUCCCGGCGCACUUGGGCGGCACCGCGGAGUUCGGGGAUAACGUGGAGGAUGAGUGGUUCAUUGUGUACCUGCUGCGGGAGAUGAGCAGGGAGUUGCCGGGGCUGGCAGCCAGUAUUGAUGACAACGAUGGAGAGUUUCUUUUGAUAGAAGCAGCUGAUUUUCUCCCAAAGUGGCUGAAUCCUGAGAGCAGUGAAAACAGGGAAUGGCCCCUUUGCGGUAUUGAGUUCCAAGUGCAGAUGGCACAGACCAACGCUGGGAAAAGUUUCAGCAGCCACAAGAGAGGGGCAAGUUCUGUUGGAGCAGCCCCAUGUGAGAGUGCUGGCCCUGACUGUGGAGCUGAGGCUGCUGAGCUGGCAGCCCUGGAUGUGGACAUGAACCUGGUGGCAAAGCUGCUCGAGUCCUACAGUGCCCAGGCUGGCCUGGCAGGACCCACCUCGAGCAUUUUACAGAGCCUGGGGGUGAAUUUACCUGAGAGCUCAGAGCUCACUGGCAGCUGAGCAAGGCAGGGAGAGCCUUGGCACCAGACAUGGCUGCUGGGGAGAUGGAGCACAGACACACGAGCAGGAUGGGGGAGAAGAGGCCAAAGGUUUGAAUUUGGAGCAUUCUGUUCAUUAUGUGUCACUCCAGCAGAGUGAAUUCACCUGCAAAAGCUUCUGUUUGCACACUGUCUUGGGUGGAAAUGAGAUUUUCCCAGUGCUAGCACAAUUUCAGAAAACUGGAAAGUGAUGUUGAAUGCAUGACUCAAAUGAUGUUCUGUUUUAUUACAUAAUCUCUCUUCCAUUUUUCCUUUCAGUGAUCCAAUUUGCCACAUUUCGAAAAUGUCCUUUUACCCAUUGCUGAGUGGGUUCAAUAUCUGGGGAGCAGUUCUUGUUGUGAAAAUGCUGCUGCCUUCAGGGGCAGGUGGGGAAAUAGCACAUUGCAGGAAGAGUAAUUGGAUCAAAUGUGUAAAUACUGGCCAGAAGUAUUAUUUAAUUUUAUUUCAAUAAAAACAAAAAUACAUCUUGA